UGUAGAUUUUUUUUAUUAAUUUUUGUUGUUGUUUAUCGUGACACUUGUCGUUAUACAUUUGCGAACUUUGCGCGUUGUGUUCAAAGCGCUGAAUUUUUCGUUGCAAAAAUUUGCACCAAAAUCCAAGCCGGUAAAAAUUCCCUGAACUGUCACUUGAGAGUUGCAGCAACAGCCGCAACACCAGAGCAAAGCAGAGCAGAGCGAAGAAGAAGCAACCCAACAGUAGCCGCAGCAUCCCAUUCAGCCAGCCAGCAACAUGUCAGACGGCAUUGAAGUUGAACAAAUUGUGGAGAGCAAGCCGAAAAGGAUGCCGGUGGCAACGUCACUGGACAAGGACGCCAUCCGGGAGGCCUACGAGGACGUGCGCUCCGAUCUGACAGACACGGAGUGGGCGGUCUUCAAGUUCGAUGGCGCGCAGAUCAUUGUGCAUGGGCGUGGUCAGUGCUUCGAGCAGUUCCGCGAGCAGUUCGGCGACUCGGAGCGCGCCUUCGGCUACAUCCGCAUACAGAUGGGCGACGAGAUGUCCAAGCGCAAGAAGUUCAUCUUUCUGACGUGGAUCGGCCAGGAGGUGGGCGUCAUACAGCGCGCCAAGAUGUCCACGGACAAGGCGCUCAUCAAGGACGUGCUGAAUAACUUCGCCGUGGAGCUGCAGGCGGGUGUCGAGGCGGAGCUGGACAUUGAGCUGUUCCGCGAGGCGUUGAAUCGUGCCGGCGGCGCCAACUAUGGCACCGGCAUCCGGGACAAUUGAGAUGCAACAGACGGCGGCAGCAACGUUUCAACUUACUUCGCUUCGUCUUCCUCUCCAUCUUCUUUUACUUUUUUUUGUGCACCUCUUCAAUUGCUGACUUAAUCCCGCUCUUUUACUUAAUUAUUAUGA